UAAAGGGAUUUAAGCUAUGAAAUUUUCGUGGAAAAAAUUAUUAUUAUGGUUUCUAUCUAUUAUAGGAGUUGGAUCUUUAAUAUGGCAAGGCACAACAACAUUAUUCCUACCAGAAAUAGAUAAUAAUGAUAUUGAUAUUGCGACUUCAAGAAUGACUUAUGGUAGGUUUUUAGAAUAUCUAGAUAAAGGUUUAAUAAAGAAAGUAGAUCUAUACGAUGAAGGACAUACAGCUAUAGUAGAAGCGAAAAGCCCUGAUUUAGGAGAAAAAAAUCAAUUAAUUCGCGUUGAAUUACCAGCAGCGACAUCAGAGUUUAUAAACAAAUUAAUUCAAAAAGAUAUAGAUAUAGACGCACAUCCUUCAAAUGAUAAUACAAUCAUAUGGAACAUAUUAAGUAAUUUAGUUUUACCUGUUCUAUUUGUUAUAGGGUUAGCUUUUUUAUUUAGAAGAUCUGGUAGUGUACCAGGAAGUCCUGGUCAAGCAAUGAGCUUUGGAAAAUCUAAAGCACGUUUUAAUAUAGAAGCUAAAACUGGAGUUACUUUUGAUGAUAUUGCAGGAAUUGAAGAAGCUAAGGAAGAGUUUCAGGAAAUUGUAACUUUUUUAAAAAAGCCAGAAAGAUUUACUGCUAUUGGUGCUAGAAUUCCAAAAGGAGUAUUACUUGUUGGUGCACCAGGGACAGGUAAAACUCUUUUAGCUAAAGCUAUUGCCGGUGAAGCAGGUGUACCAUUUUUUAGUAUUUCUGGAUCUGAAUUUGUCGAAAUGUUUGUAGGAGUGGGAGCAUCUAGAGUAAGAGAUCUUUUUAAAAAAGCUAAAGAAAAUGCACCUUGUAUUGUAUUUAUAGAUGAAAUUGAUGCUGUCGGUCGACAAAGAGGUACAGGUAUCGGUGGAGGAAAUGAUGAAAGAGAACAAACUCUUAAUCAACUACUAACAGAAAUGGACGGAUUUGAGGGGAAUACAGGUAUAAUUGUUGUAGCCGCAACUAAUAGAAUUGAUGUAUUAGAUGUUGCUUUAUUAAGGCCUGGACGUUUCGAUCGUCAAAUUACAGUAGAUCUACCUGAUUUAAAAGGAAGAAUCGCAAUUUUAAAAGUUCAUUCUAAAAAUAAAAAACUCGCUCAAACAAUAUCUAUAGAAAGCAUAGCAAGAAGAACACCGGGUUUUUCAGGCGCAGAUUUAGCUAAUUUAAUGAACGAAGCUGCUAUUUUAACUGCUAGAAGAAAAAAAGAUUCUAUUACUAUGUCAGAAAUAGAUGUUUCAAUUGAUCGAAUAAUUGCUGGUCUAGAAGGUAGGGUUUUAACAGAUAGUAAAACUAAACGUUUAAUUGCCUAUCAUGAAGUUGGUCAUGCUAUUAUUGGUACUCUACUAAAAAAUCAUGAUCCGGUUCAAAAAGUAACUUUAAUACCAAGAGGACAAGCUAAAGGUUUAACUUGGUUUACACCAUCAGAAGAACAAACUUUAAUUUCAAGAGGACAAAUUUUAGCAAGAAUAAUUGCAGCAUUAGGAGGAAGGGCCUCAGAAGAAGUUGUUUUUGGUAAUCUUGAAAUUACUACAGGUGCAAGCAAUGAUUUACAACAAGUAACAUCUAUGGCAAGACAAAUGGUAACACGAUUUGGUAUGUCUAAUAUUGGACCAUUAUCUCUUGAAAAUCAAAUUAGUGAUCCAUUUUUAGGUCGAGGAUUUGGUUCUGGAUCUGAAUAUUCUGAAGAUAUAGCAAGUAGAAUUGAUAGACAAGUUCGUUCUAUCUUAAAUUAUUGUUAUAAGGAAGCUUUAAAAAUUAUAAAAGAUAAUAGAAUAAUUAUAGACAAAAUAGUCGAUAUUUUAAUUGAAAAAGAAACUAUAGAGGGUAAUGAACUUAGAGAGAUUAUAUCCAAGUACCAAAAACAAAAAGAAAUAUAUACGCAGAAAAGUCCAACACUAAUAUUAUAACUAAUUUAUUUAAUUAUAAAUAUAUAAAUAACGAGAUUGACGG